GUAUGUUAUUUCAGGCAUAGGACAUAGAAAAUGCAGUAACAUAACAUAAAAUGGUCUGUGUGCCAAACAGUACAGACCGGAAGUAAGGCAUUAUUUGAAAGGGCAUGUACGAAGUAGCAGCAGCACUUAUUCCAAAGCUCCUCCCUCCCAUUGACUACGGUCACAUGACACACACAGUGUGAGGGCAGUGACACGCCGGAAGUACAGGCAGCAGUGCGGUGAGAGACCACACACAGCAUGGCGGAGAAGAGAGCAAAGCUUCAGCAGCAGCAGCAGGAAACGGAUCGAAAAAUAGACUGGAGAAAGCAAAAGGAACAACGAAAAGAGCUGCGUAAGAAAUGGAGAGAAGAGAAAAUGGUCCGAAAACUAGAGAAGGCUCAGCAGCAGCAGCAGCAGCAAGAAAAGGAACAGCUGGAACAGGACAUGAAACAGACAGGGAAUGGGCGUCAGUACACACUGAGUGUGGCAUUGCCCGGCUCUAUAAUGGAUAACGCCCAGUCACCAGAGCUGCGUACGUACCUAGCUGGACAGAUUGCCCGAGCGUGCGCCAUCUUCUGUGUGGAUGAGAUUGUGAUCUUUGAUGAGACGGGAGAAGGAUCACAAAGUGUGGCGGGGACUUUCGAGGGUGUUGGAAAGAAAGGACAGGCCUGUGUGCAGCUGGUCCGCAUACUGCAGUACCUGGAGUGUCCUCAGUAUCUAAGAAAAUCGUUCUUCCCAAAACAUCCUGAUUUGCAGUUUGCAGGACUCCUGAACCCCCUAGACAGUCCUCACCAUGUGAGAAUAGAUGAAGAGUCUGAGUACCGGGAAGGAGUUGUGUUAGAUCGACCAACGAAACCAGGCAAAGGCUCAUUCGUCAACUGUGGCAUGCGUAAGGAGGUGCAGAUAGACAAGCAGCUGCAAGCCGGCGUCAGAGUUACUGUUCGAUUGCAUGAAGAGAAACCAGAGCAGAAAGUGCGGAAAGGAACUGCGGUGUCCCCACAGCAUCCACGGACGGAGGGCGGCAUCUACUGGGGGUACAGAGUGAGGCUGGCAUCCUGCCUUAGUGCUGUUUUCACGGAGUGUCCCUUUAAGGACGGAUACGACCUCUCUAUUGGAACAUCGGAAAGGGGACGUGACUUGGAGGCUGUGACCCUCCCAGAAUUCAGGCAUGCCCUGGUUGUAUUUGGAGGUCUCAAAGGAUUGGAAGCCAGUGUGGACAGUGACCAGAACCUGGACAUUCAAGAGCCCGGCAUCCUAUUUAACCAUUAUCUGAACACAUGUCCCGGACAAGGCAGUCGCACCAUUAGAACGGAGGAAGCCAUACUGAUCUCACUGGCGACACUGAAGCCGAGAAUAGAAGCAGCAGUCUUCAAGGCCAAAGAAAGUUGAACAUCGCUCUGUUUGGGAACUUUUUAAUCUGCCAGCAAGCUAUCGAAUGGACACUGGAUUUGUGACCAAAAUCAUCUUGAGAUUUUAAUUUGUUUUCUAGAAAAACUGCAGCGUACCGGUAUAUUGGUUCGAUAUCUUACUAUGCCUGUGGACUGAUGAUACAACCAAGUCCUCAACUAAAUAAUUUUGAUACACUCUUC